AGAAGAUGACCCGUGGCGACUCAAUGGAGAAGGAGGAUCGGGAAUGAGGAAAGAAAGGGGGGGGGGGGUAGAAAGAGAAGAGGAUCGUACCCCCUGUACCGGUACGUACGGGUUUUUGAUUUGCGCUCAAAGACCUUGCGUGCGCUGCAUGCACUGCAUUGCAUCACGCGCGGAUACCGGAUCGGAAAUACAGGAGCAGACGACUUUCUUCAUUUGUUGUAGAAAAAUGUAGCCACAUUGUUAUAGUCUAAGCAAUAACAGGAGGACCUUCCAUGAAUUUCUUGCUGACAUAACCCGAAUAAUGGCCAUCAACUUCUGCAGUUUAGCGUUUGGAACAAAAGUUGCCUGUUCAUCUGUGAGCUCAGAUGGAUAUGAGGUUGAGAAUCUACUGAAAGCUGGGAAAUAUGGUCAAAUGAAAGGAUUUCUUGCUGAAUAUUUCAUCAAACCUCCUGUUACCAUAACCUUCACUUUUCCAUUUAAGAUUGAUAUCUGCAGCAUUAUAAUUGAUCCAAAUGUUGGCUCACAGAAAUCCAGUGGGGUAGAGAUAUUUUCUGCAACUAUUCCCGAUGGAAAGGAGAGCUCUGGGAUGCAGGAUGAGGCAGAUCGGAAUGGGAGAAGUGAAUCAUUUGUAGUUUCCACAAAUAUUGGAAAGGGAUACUGCAACAGUGCUGCACCACGGCUUAUUUACUUUUCCAAUAGGAGAUAUAGACCACUGCACAAGUUGCCUACCAAGUCACCUGACUAUCAAGAGGGCAUAGGAGAUGUCCUGGUCAGGGACAUCAGAUGCUCAAGUCCUGCGUGUGUAAGAAAUGUGAAUCAGAUAGCUAUCAAGAUCACAAGAGUUCAUGGUGCUUCUGUUCCUGCCCUGAAAAAGGUAGAGAUCUGGGGGCAGCCAGCAGUGUCUUGUGAGAAGCCACUCAUUCAAAAUAUAAUUCAAACUGCAGAACAACUUCAAGGAUUUGGUGUGAAACAGAAGAAACCGUCCACCAGUACUAACUCAAAAAAGCAUCAGCCAUCUACUUCAAAUGUUGAGAAGGAAGGUAGACCUGCUCGUGAUAGAAAAUUGCCAGCUUCGGAUGAAUGCCCUGAGGACUUUGUAGAUCCGAUAACAUGCUGUAUAAUGGCCAUUCCUAUCCUCCUGCCAUCCGGCCACACUGUAGACCAAGAAACCCUUGAGAAACAUAAAAAAAUUGAAGCAACUUGGGGACGUCCACCAAACGAUCCUUUUACUGGUUUACCAUUUUCUGCCGCCAGUAAGCCCAUUCCAAACGUGAAAUUAAAAGUUAGACUUGAUAAGUUCUUGUUGACUGGUGGGGCUGCAUUCAAGAAUGUUCCCCGGACUGCUGGAAGUGCAAGUGAGAAUAACUACGAUUCAGAAGACUCGUCUAAAGCAAAAACGUCAGUCUUAAUUCAACCAAAGCAAGAGAAAUCUAUCAAUAAUGGAUUGCUGAACAAAACACAGGUACCAGUAAUCGAUGCACCACCCAGUGUUGGAAAAGAAGGCAAGAAACAUGGAAGAAAAAGAAAGAGGCAAGAUGAUGGUGCAGAAACAUCAUAUGUUAAUGUACAAUAUGCCAACAUUGCGGAGAAGAGAUCCAAGGCUUAUGGUGUUCAUUUGUCUUCUAAAGAUAUGGCUUGGACCAGGGAAAAUGAAAUUCAGAAAGAUCUUGGACGCCAUGAGAGAGCUGUAUCUGGGAGUCUUGAUGAUGCACUUGCUUCUACUUUAGCCUCUCUUCCUUCUUACAAUAAACCAUCUGCAACAUCAAAGGAUGCAGCUGUACAAAGUUCAGAUGACCAUUGUGUGAACUGUCAGACAUCAUUCCUGGAUUUAGAGACCAACAUUUAUACAAUGCCUUGUGAGCAUUUGAUUUGUCGUAGCUGUACGUCUACUAAGACUGAUGGGAUUGAUUGUUGUCGAUGCAAAAGGACUUAUAAGACAUCACAGUUAUCUAGGGUACACAAGAAGAUUCAUAGUUCUUCUAUAAAUGUAGUUUGAUAGUUAUUUUGGGGAAUGGGGUUGUAUUUCUUUAAGUUUUUUUUCUGUUGGUGAGAACCACUUCAUUAAUUGAGUGAUGAUGAAAAGGAUUGCAAGCCAAAUCUUUUUUUUUUAAUCUCCUGAGUAUUAAAGCUUUUUCCUUUUAAAUCAAUGAGCAUUUUGUUGAAAAAAGUAACAGGAGCAUGAUUAGAUAUCAUUAAUGACCCAUUGUUGAGAGGAAUUUACCUUUAUUUAUGUAAUUUUAUCACAGCUGAAAAAUAUCUAGGCAACAAACAUACAUGUCCAUCAUCCCUAUUUAAUGUGAACCAUCCCUGUUCUGGUGAAAAGGGACUGCCUAUUUUUGAGAAAAGGGUAUCUGAAAUACCACCUUUUAUAAUUAAUUUCAUGUUCAUUUUUUGUGAGAAAAAGGAUGAAAAUUAAUGUUCAGGCAGCUUUAGAAUGUCCAUAUUAUUUGGAUGCAGCUAGGAUAAGAAAACCUUUUAAAAUAUACUUUUUGUUUUUGUUUAAAGUGUGAAAGUAAAAUUACAGCAAAGGUACAUUUGUGUUGUUUUAAGGUAUUUGUUAACUACCACUGUUGAAAAAUAUUUUAAGAGAGUAAUGUUGAUGCUUCAAGAUAUGAAGUUGUUUUGACAAUAAAUUGUAUGUUAACACUUUACCCCCAAAAUAGGAACAUAAUGUGUCCCCAUUUGAGGUUUCUUCCAUAUAAUUGACAGUUUGAUAUUCAGAAAAUAACAUACACAUGAUUCUUAUUCCCAACAGUAUAGGAGAGUAUAAUAUUUUAAGUGUAUUUCCUACUUGUGAUUAUGAAUUAUUAAUGAAUUAGAAUUGACCAAAAUUAUAACGAGAAAUGCAUUCUUCAAGGUAUGUACUUUGUAAUAAACUUUAUUGCAACGACAACUGAAAGAGUAGAAUAUUAGACUCUUACUUUACAUAUGUAGGCCAUAUUUAUCAAGUUUGCUACAUAAUAUUCUAACAAUUUAUUAUACAAGCAUAAAAUAAUUCACAAGUUACAAAGUAAUAAAGAAUUCCAAAUGAAAAUAGUGUCUUCUUACAACUAUUGGAAUUAUCCAUUGAUUUCAUGCAAAGAGUUAACAAUAAUUUAUGCUAGGUUCCACUCCUGAUCUCUCAUCUCAAUCAGCCACGAUCAAGUAAAUUUUUUGGCUUGGGUUGUCUUUUUUGUCAGUAUAAAUUGGGAUCAGUCGACUAAUUCACAUCGUUACGUCUCCCUGUAUGAAUAUUUGGAAUGUUUGAAAUAUGGGUAUAGGAGGCAGAUUAAGGUAGUUUUGACCUGAAUUAUUGAUAUCUAUCCUAUCAUCGCAUUAAACUGACCAAGUUAAAAAGUAAUUUGAUAAAUUUAAAGUCCCGUAGUGGGAACCAGGCAUAAUCAACAUUACUCUUAUCCACAACAUAUGUAACUAGCCUUUUAAUAAGGUUAUCAACAGCGUAGGAAAUAUGAGUGACGGGCGACUUUGCCCUCAUAACGGCCCAAAUCACCUCUAAAAUUCCCCCAAAUACAUACCAUUCUUUCUAUAGUCGCCCCAAAUUCUGUUCCAAAAAAUAUUUGAAUAUUAAUUUAAAAAAUCAACAUUCUAACUGUGGCAGAAGAAUAAUAUUUGCUUUUACUGCAUAAUUAUUUUUACCCCUAAAAGUAGCCCUUCAAAUGAAAGAAAUAGCCCCCCCCCCCUUCUGAAAUUGCUCCAAUAUGAAAAAUUAGAUUUAAUUUUCACCAGCUGAAGGUGAUUUCUCUUCUUUGUAGAUUAACUUCUUGGUAUCUAAAUGCAAAGUUUAUUUAUUGCAAAAUUUGAUGAGGGUUAAAUGAAAUUUAGUCUUCUCUUCUGAAAUACCAGGAAAAAUCUUAUUUAUAGCAGAACUUGCCACCAGUUGACAGACCCAACUUAAAAGCUUUAUGAAACAUACAGACUGCACAUUCAUACAAUUUCAAUAAGCUAGAGUUCGACUAAUUGCAUUGAUCACAGCCUUACUGUACACAAUUAUGUGAUCAGCUUUAGGGGUCGGGGUGACUGCCCCCAAUAUAAUUUUUUAAGGAGUGAAAAAAAAAGGUAGAAGAAAAGACUUGUCCUGCUCAUAUGACUCUUAACCCCUAUUAUUAAACUAAAUUAAAAUUCCUGGGUGGUAUCUUUUUACAAAGAGUUACAGUAAGUGUGACACGCCUUAAGUACAGACGAGCACAAAAUAUUGCCGCAUGCUACCAGGAAUUUAAGAGCGACACAAGUCACACUAAAAUCUUUGUGAAACUCCCCAGGGUGAUUAAGCUAGGCUUAUCAAAGGAUUGAUGAAUAUAACCUCUCUAUUGAUCUAUCACUGUAUUCAAAGUUCUUUGAAUAUGCACGUUUUCACUUACACGACAAAGUUUUUUGCUCUGUAAUCAGCUGGUACUUGUAUUAUUAGUACAUUAUUUAGGAAUGAUAUUUAAAUUGAAUUUAUUGAGUUGAUCGACUACAUAAAAUGAACACAAUG